UUUGAAACAGAUAUAAGCUUCAGUCACUAAAUACAAAGCGCGGGAAUUUGAGUAUCGGCGUUUGCACCGUAGAUUAUCGUGACUUAUUAAUAGAGUUAGUUUUAUUUCUGUGCGUCUGAAGUUUUAAUGCCGCUUUUACAUAAAGUUCGUGUGUCGAGGUGAGAACUAAAGUGAUUACUUAGGUCUGUUUUUGAUUUUGAAACAGACGUGGUUGUUACAGAUGGCUCCGUCUCACAUAGAUCUGCCAACAGACACACACAUCGUCACUGAAUCCCACGAUGUCGCAAAACAGGAAAAUUCCAGAAAAUUGGUAGAAAUCGAUGGUGAUGAAAACGAAACAUUCCUGGGAAACUAUGAAAAAGUUCAAGAAAAGGAAUCGAGUAACGACGAACUGGAGGUGGUUGUUCCACCUGAUGGGGGCUGGGGUUGGGUGAUAGUGUUGGGUUCGUUUAUGUGUAAUUUGAUUGUGGACGGUAUAAUUUUUUCUUUCGGGACAUUUUUAUCGAGCAUCGCCGAUGACAUGAAUAUAUCGAAAGCUCAUGUGACUCUAGUAGGUUCUUUGAUGUCGGGCUUUUACUUAAUAGCAGGACCCUUCGCCAGCGCCCUCGCAAACUCAUACGGGUUCAGAUUGGUCGCCAUUUUGGGAUCAUUAGUAUCAGCGUCAGCGUUUGGGCUCUCUUAUUUUGCGACCAGCGUGGAAUUCCUCUGUAUUACUUACGGAGUCCUAGGAGGUAUUGGAUUUGGGUUGAUCUACGUGCCUUCGGUAAUAAUUGUGGGCUUCUACUUUGAACGUUGGAGAGCGUUGGCGACCGGCAUAGCGGUUUGCGGUUCUGGAAUCGGAACAUUUAUGUUUGCGCCUUUAAGUGAAGCUUUAAUCGUUUCUUUUGGUUGGAGGUGCGCCUUACUGAUACAAGGGACGAUAGUCUUAACUUGCCUUCUUUACGGGGCGCUCUUCAGACCACUACAAGGUAAAAAAGUGAAAGACCUCAAAGCCGACGAGGAAGGCAAAGAGUUGAUAAUGGACCCCCGGAAAUUACCAGCGUCUGCGAAAUUGAAAAUGGAAGAAGCUUUAAAAUUUCACGGGGCUUUGUCGGUAAAUUCGAUUCACGACGACCACAAUUCGAACGCGUCGAAAGUAGCCGACGUGUACCACACUAUCCAUGUCCCGCAGCAAAACAUGCGCGGUCACACUAAGGAGAAGAGACUGAGCGUUCCUUUUAUUUUGGCCAACGAUGCAGAAGAUAAAUUGGCGUUAGGAUCGCAUCGACUAGUUUCUAAUAUUGUUCCUAGAAGAUACACCUUUUCGCAUCACGACCACAGUAGACCGUUAGAUAGGAAAGAUAUCUUCUUCGGUGCCAGUCUCGCACGUUUACCACAGUACACUUCAACGUCAUCUGUCCAAUUCAAUAUUUCCAUGACCAAAAAACCUACAAAAGUAGAGGUGUAUGAAGAAGAAGUGAAAGUCCAUUGCUGUCGACUGUGGCCUGCGGCAACCGGAAGGGUUCUGAUGACGAUGCUGGAUUUUAGUCUGUUCAAGUCGCCGACUUUCAUAAUUUUGGCGGUUGGUGGAUUUUUCACGAUGAUGGGAUUCUACGUGCCGUUUAUGUAUUUAGUAGAUCGAGCGAGGGAUAAUAGCAUGGAUCAGCAAACGGCCGUUUUUUUAGUAUCGUCCAUAGGAAUUGCUAACACUAUAGGAAGGGUACUAUGUGGGUUGUUGAGCUCCUUUCCGGGGGUUAACGCUCUUCUAGUUACAAAUAUUGCUCUUACUCUGGGAGGCGUUGCAACUAUAUUUAGUGGAGUUUCUUUAACGCCAGGAUACCAGUUCUUCUAUACAGCCAUAUUUGGUCUAUCUAUAUCGUGCUUCGCUUCGUUGAGAUCCAUCAUCGUCGUCGACCUAUUGGGUCUUGAAAAAUUAACCAACGCCUUCGGAUUGCUUUUGCUUUUCCAAGGAAUAGCAGCCAUAAUAGGGGCGCCACUGGCUGGUUCUUUCAUGUACGCAACCGGCAGUUACGACGCGUCAUUUUAUUUAUCGGGAAGUAUGAUUUUGUUAUCGGCCAUUAUGUGUUACCCUCUGGGUUGGGUAAAUCGUUGGGAAACCAGAAGAAAUCGAAUCACCUUUGCGGAAAGUGCUUAGGAUCGAAUUAUUUUGCGAAUAUAUACGAAGAAAACAAAGAUUUUGGUUAGUUUUUUGGAUUGGAUUCUUUCAAGAAACGUUUCUCUUCGUCGAUAAUAGGCGGAAAUAAGCAUCAGUCGCUUCUGGAAUUUAGCUCGAAUUGUGGGAAUACGAAAUUAGAAUUCCAAAAAUACGUGCGCACGUUUAUUUUUAAGGUAUUUCUUAAAGUUUAAUGUGACAACUUUCUGGAUCUGAACAAAUGAUGCAAAUAUUUGAAAACUAGCUUAUGGUUCCUAAAUAUGAUUAUAUUAUUUAUACUAUCGUGUAAUGAUUCAAAUUCUACAAAGUAUAGUUAGACUUUGACUCUGUUUUGUCUGUGGAGAAAAGGGCUCGGUAUCGGAAACAUCGCAACAUAGAUAAUUUAGGAUCAUCUGCAUCAACACUCCAAUGGAAAAUGAAUAACGACCAAAUUGUGUUUCUCGUCAUCUGCUUCUAAGAAUUGAUGUGAUUUGAUUAAAACUAUUUUUAACAUACUAUGUGCCUCAGGAUAAGUGAAUCCAUUGGUAUAAAAAACUUUGAACGUUGAAUACUUGCACGUUAGGAAGAACAAUAAACAUACUUUCAUGAUGUUCCCAUACAAUUGUUAUCAGUAAUUCAGUAAAGAUGAAAAAUGUGGAACCAGCAACAAUAUGCAUUGAAUUUUUAUGAGUGAUGAAAUAUGAAAUAAAAAAUUAAUUUACUACCUUUUAAUUUUUUGUUAGAAUAUUGUUAAUAUUAUGUCUUCCACACUUUCAACUUUUUGUUUGUAAGUACAAAUUUUGGACCACUAUUCCGUUUGUUGUUCGAUCCUAAUUUCAACUCUGUAUGAAGCUUAAGAUCAUAUUAAAUUUGAAAAACUGCCAGUCUAAUUCCGUACUUUUCGAAUAUAUAUACUUAAAAUUAAGAUUGAAACUGGAGAUUUUAUAGGCAACAGGAACAAUGUAAAUAGGUAAGCGCUUUGUUUUGAUCGAUUAGUUACAUAAAUGAGACUGAAUAUGUUAAGUAGUUUUUAAUUUAUUUUGUAAAAUAAAUCAACGUUUUACGAAUCCGUCUUCUUCUCCU